AUGACCGGCUCUGACGAGGCGAAGAUAAGGUUCUACGAAGAUCUGCACGCACUCCUGGCGACUGCUCCGAAGGCGGAUAUGUUGACUGUCCUUGGUGACUCAAACGCCCGCGUCAGCACAGAUCAUGCUGCCUGGAGAGGAGUGUUGGGUCUCCAUUGUCUCGACGGCCCCAACGAAAAUGGCCUGCUCCUUCUACGAACCUGCGCGGAACACCACCUCAUCCUAACCAACACCUUCUUCCGCCUUUCGAUGCGAGAGAAGGCCAUCUGGAUGCAUCCUCGGUCGCGUCAGUGGCACAUGCUGGACUAUGUUUUCGUCUGGAGGCGAGACCAGCGGGACGUGCCGAUGACGAAGGUGAUUCCGGGUGCUAAUGGAUGGACCGACCAUUGCCUCGUCAUCUCCAAGAUGCGGAUUUGACUACAGCCUCGCAGGAGGCCUUAGGGUAAGCGGCCUCAGGUGAGCUGACUAUUGCUCGGUUGUCUUUGCCUGCUCACCAUCUCCACUUCAGCAAUGAACGAGAAUUCCAGUUGCCUCCGCCGUCACCGUCGCCGUCGCCAUCAAGGAGAACGCCUGCGUCGAGAACCGACGGUGUCAACUGCGGGCUACAGUCCAGUCGACGGCCCUGGCUGUCUUCGGUCGCUCACGUCGCCAAAAUUAGGACUGGUUCGAUGACAACGAUGCCAACAUCAGCAACCUGCUCGCCGAAAAGAACCGACUGCGCAAAGCCUACGUCAACUGCCCCACCGAUUACAACAGAGCAGCCUUCGACCGUAGUCACCGCCUUGUGAAACAGCUGCUGCUGGAGAUGAAGGACGCCUGGACGGCCCGUAAGGCCGAGGAAAUCCAAGGGUACGCGGACUGCAACGAAUGGAAGGACUUCUUCUCCGCGAUCAAGGCUGACUACGGUCCGCCAACCAAAGCUACUACUCCUCUCCUCGGCGCCGACGGCAGUACCCUACUCAGUGGGAAGACGUAAAUUCCACAGCGAUGGGCCGAGCAAUUCAGAGGCGUCCUAGACCGUCCCUUCGCCAUCUCCAACGCUGUCAUCACCCGUCUGCCUCAAGUGGAGACCAACGCUGACCUCGACCUCCCGCCCUCUCUCCCCGAAACCAGCGAGGCCGUGCAACAACCCUCCAACGGGAAAUCGGCCGGAUCGGACACGAUCCCUGCUGAGAUCUACAAACACGGUAGCCCCCAACUCAUGGGUAAUCUAACGGCGCUCUUCCAGGAGAUGUGGCGUGAAGGACAAGUCCCGCAGCAUUUCAAGGACGCCACAAUCGUGCACCUCCACAAGCGGAAAGGGAACUGCUAGGACUGCGAAAACCAUCGAGGCAUUUCCCUGCUGAACAUCGCUGGGAAGAUCUUCGCUCGCAUUCUUCUCAAUCGUCUCAACAAACAUCUGGAAUAGGGUCUCCCGCCGGAAAGCCGGUACGGUUUCCGUCGUCAUCUUGGGACCGCCGACAUGAUCUUCGCCGCCCGCCAAUUUCAGGAGAAGUGUCGGGAAAUGCAGAUCCACCUCUACUCUACCUUCGUGGAUCUGACGAAAGCCUUCGACGCGAUGAAUCGCUAAGGACUAUGGACAAUCUUGCAGCAACUCGGCUGUCCCGAGUGAUUAACUCAGAUGGAACGGACGGGAAUCCUCAUUAUCUACACCAUGCUGAGACAACUGCAACUGCGCUGGAGCAGCCACCUCGUGCGUGUGGACGAUGAGCGGCUACCCAGGCGGCUCUUCAGCGGAGAUGUCGCCACGGGUUCCGCCGACAAGGACGCCAAGUCCUCUGUUUCAAGGAUCAUCUGAGGACGUACCUAACGCGUCUACAGAUCAACGCGGCCAACUGGGAAGACGGCGCCCGAGACCGGCCGACCUGGAGGAGGACAGCGAAGACGCGCAGCGGCCUAUGAAGCCAACCGCAUCACCGCCGCCAAAGCAAAACGCGACGCUCGCAAACCUCAAAUGCGCCCACCUCGCAACGCCAACGCUCAACCAACCCCGACUUGCCCACGCUGCCAUCGGACGUUCCGGGCACCGAUCGGCCUUGUAGGACAUCAGCGUACCAACUGCAGCACCUGGACUACACUAGUUGUUCUCUCCUCGUCCAACUCCGCCUCAUCCUCCACGCCAACUAACAUUGACCGCACUCCCGAACCCCCAAUACCACUAUCCCCCCUCCACCUCCUCCUCCUUUUCCUCUAUUGCCUCAACAUCCACUACAGCGGUUCCUAA